CCCCCUCUGCUCCCGCGGCUUUCUCCCUCAUCCCCGCGAGCCCCCGGCGUUCUCAUGGAACCUCCUCAUCCGGGCCCACGCCGACAACUCCUCCCCCCUCGCCGCCGUCCGAGUCUUCGUCCGCAUGCUUCGCGCCGGCGCGAAACCCGACAAGUUCACCCUCACCUUCGUCGCUAAAUCCCUCUCGUUGGUUCUUGAUUACAACCUCGCUGGGGUCGUUCACGGGUUCGCGAUCAAGCUGUCACUGUACGACGACCUGCAUUUUCGAAACACGCUCUUGCGUUUGUAUCUUCAGUGUGGGAAGCCGAAAUGUGGGCGCAAGGUGUUCGAUAAAAUGCGCGCGAGAAGCGUCGUCACGUGGACGGCGCUUCUCUCGGGGCUUUUGGCAUGCGGGGAGCUGGAUGAGGCGCGGGAGGUGUUUGAGAGAAUGCCGGAGAGGAAUGUGGUUUCUUGGACGGCGAUGAUCGACGGAUGUGCGAGGAACGGGAGGCCCGAGGAGGCAUUCGAGCUCUUUCGGAGGAUGAUGGAGGAAAAUGUUAGGCCCAAUGAGUUCACCCUCGUCGCUCUUCUGAUCGCCUGCUCUGAGCUUGGGAGCCUGAAUCUCGGAAGAUGGGUUCACGAGUUUGCGCACAAAAAUGGCGGGGGGUUUAAUAGAGGAGUCUAUGUUGGCACUGCGUUGGUAGACAUGUACAGUAAGUGUGGGAGCUUGGAGGACGCGGUGAAGGUGUUCGAUGAAAUGCCUGUGAGAAGCGUGGCGACAUGGAACUCAAUGAUCACGGGAUUGGGCGUGCACGGGUGCGGAAGAGAGGCGAUAACGCUGUUCAAAGAGAUGGAGGAGGAGAACGUGAGGGCGGACGAGGUUACACUUGUGGGCGUGAUGUGCGCGUGCGCGAGGGAGGGAAUGGUCGACGAGGGUUUUAAGGUUUUUAGGGAUAUGAGGGAGAGGUAUGGGAUUGAGCCCGGGAUUGCGCAUUGUAAUUGUUUGAUUGAGAUUUUGAAUGGUGAAGAGAUUGAGAUCGUUAGGUGUUUGGUUGAGGAACUUGAUGGCAGGGAUAGGAGAACGUUGGCUAUGUGUUGUAGAGAAUAUGGUGAUCUGAAGGUGGAGGAGAUUGUUAGAAGUUGUGAAAGGGAAUCACAUAGCUUUGGUUGUUCUUUGGUGCAGAGUGAAGCUGAAUGCUUCCAGUGGGAAGUAGGGUGAGCAUAUAUAUAUGGAUGAUACUUUGUUGCUAUCUGCAAUGAGUUCAUACAGUGAUGAUAAAUUAUGUAGAAAAUCAUGUAGUGCGUAAAAAGAUAGCGAUGAUAAAUUAGUCUGAUCCAAUUGGUUCAAUAUUUGUGAUUACACACUAUAAUAAUAUUCUGAUCGCGCUAAUAGUGAUUACAUAUUUA